UGCACCAACGUUAAUCGCUGGUCAGCAAACCGUCAUCAAACAACUGUGCAUUUGACCGCGGUAAACUCUCUACAAUGCAAUGGAAGGUGCCCUGGUGACACAAAAAUAUUAGUAAACAUGAAAUUGCACAGAUAAUCGCUGGUGCCACAUUCUAUCUUUGCUGUUUUUUCUGUCGACAAGCAGAAGUGUGUGUAUGUACCUCGGUAUCUAUUUCUGAUCUGUUGGUUUAUUUUUUGGAGAAUAAUGGAGAAUAAAAGAAGAACACCUAAUUUCUCGAAGUAUGAGAUAGAUGUACUUCUUGAACUGGUGGGUGCAAAUGCAUCCGUUCUUGGAAAUAAGAAACCGACGGCUGCAGCUUAAAAGAAAAACAGGCAAUGUGGUACCAUGUGGAGGCGCAAUUUAAUUCUACUCCUGGGUCUACCACUGAAGGCACUGAUACAAGUGUGCCGCAUUUCAUCAGUGCGUGUGUUACCACCACACACUGUUGUAGUUUAUGCUGGCGAAAUUUUCCGCAAAAUGUAUAUUGUACAGAGAGGAUAUUGUCAUGUGUUCUCUGGUGCAACAGGUGAACUCAUUGAUGUUGUUAGUCCAGGUGGAAGAUUUUAUGUUUUAGAGAUGAUGCUUGGGAUUUGUGGUGUUCACACAGUUGUUACUGACACACACUGUACAGUAAUAUGUAUUUCAUUUGCGAAAUUUAUGAAAGUUCUGUCUACACACCCUGAGUACAGGAAAGACCUACGCAAAAUUAUUGAGAAGAUGCAUGCAAGGGUGAAGACUAUACAAGAGUUCCAUAUAGAGCGGCAUGCAAAGCCAAAAUAUGAAGAAAGGAAGCAGGUAUUUCGCUCAUUCUGUAACUAUAAAUCAGAAAUGGAAUUUGAACCAGAAAAAAUGGGACUUGAGUCAGUUGCCAGGAGAAUACUGCAGUCAUGGUGGUCGAUCAACACAGCCAAGUGUUUGCCACUCACGCCACACAAGCUAUAUGUGAUGUGUUCUUCUUUGACGGUGUAAUGAUUGUAAUUUUUAUGAACAAAUAAAAUGUGCUUUGACAAGAGACUCUUAAUUCAUGUGUUGGACUUGCUAGAAGCAAGACAUGUUCAUGAAUUAUGAGUGUU